UGUCUUCUCUCUGAGCUAAAACCCUCGAAAACCUCUGCUCCCACAUUUCCGCCAUGGCUGCAACUUGCUAAAGCUCCGAUUUCGUUUGACAUGAAUCUCCUCCGAUUGAACCUGGCUCGCCGCAAUGCGGCACCUGGGGUUUUCAGGGUCGUCUUCUUCUCCACAGGGUUCGGGGUAGCAGCAACAUCCCCACCGAGGGACUCGCUGAAUCGUCGUAUCAUGCGGGCGGGCGAUCCUAUGGUUUCUAUGGCGGACGUGUUGAACAAGUGGGUCGGGGAAGGGAAGCAGGUGAACUUCACAGAGCUCAAUCAGAGCUUGAGGACCCUAAGGAAGUUCAGACGCGGCAAGCACGCUCUUCAGUUAUUGGAGUGGAUGAUUGAACAAGCGGACUACAAGCUAACGAAUUCAGAGAUUGCAGUUCGGCUGGAUUUGAUUGCAAAAGUUCGCAGUCUGGAAGAAGCAGAGGAGUUCUUUGAGCAAAUCCCGGAAAAAUCCAGAGAUUUCAGAAUUUACGGUGCUCUUCUCUCUUGCUAUGCACUUGAGAAAUCCAUGGAAAAAGCAGAGGCUACCUUGCAGAAGAUGAGGGUGCUGGGGUAUGUAAGGGUACUUUCUUAUAAUGUCAUGUUAAACCUCUAUGCACAGACUAAACAGUACGAGAAAAUGGACGUGCUGAUGCAAGAAAUGAAAGAAAGGGGCCACGAAUGGGACAACUACACAUAUAACACAAGGUUGAAUGCUUAUGCUUUGGCAUCUGAUCUUGAGGGCAUGGAGAAACUUCUAUCGAAAAUGGAAGCUGACCCCUAUAUUAAAAUGGACUGGAAUUCCUAUGUCGUUGCAGCUAAUGGGUACUUGAAAUCUGGCCAACUGGACAAAGCAUUGCCAAUGAUGAAGAAAGCUGAGAACCUCACUAGUUCCAAGAAUUGGAAGAGAACCUUCGAGAUCCUUCUAACUAUGUAUGGCCAAAUUGGGAGUAAAGAUGACCUGUACCAGCUAUGGAAUAUGUAUAAGCAAAACGGUAAGUUCGAUAACACCACUUACUUGGCCAUGAUAACCUCGCUAGUAAGAUUGGAUGAUGUUACUGGUGCUGAAAAAAUAAUGGAGGAGUGGGAAUACGGGAAGAUUUACUAUGACGUCAGGAUCCCGAGGUUUCUGAUCAGUACUUAUUGCAAGAAGGGCUUUUACGAUAAGGCCGAGGCAUAUAUGAACAGACUUGUUGAGAUCGGGGAGGAGCCAGAUGCGAGUUUGUGGGAUGCACUAGCUUCAGGAUACGAGCUAAAGAAAGAGAUACUGAAAGCUGUGGAAGCAUUAAAGAAAGCGAUAUCGGUAAGUAAACCCGGGUGGCGGCCGAAUAAGUUCACCUUAGCUUCUUGCCUUGACUACUUGAAAGAGAAGGGAGAGGCAGAGACAGCUCAGGAGCUCCUCCUUUCCCUCCGGGAAAGAGGCAUCUUACCGGAAAUCGUGUGUGGCGUAUUGCUCGAUUAUGUCAAUAAUGAUAAAGAUGGGAGCUCGAGUGCGAUAAAUCAAUUAGAAGAUGCUCAGCGUCAAUCCAGAUCAUUAUCAUCCGAAUUGGUUUCCAAGGAUGAGUAGAGCGACUGAAAACUCUUCAAACUGCAGAUUUGCUCUGACGUUGAGUACCAUACUUAUUUCCAGAGCUUUGGACUUUAUUUUUGUAGUUGGGAAUGGAGCAUAUGUUAAGAAUUAAUUCCUUCCCGUUAAGCUGUAAAAUUAUGAUGCUCAAAGACAAACGAAACAAAUGGGGAGUAUCCAACUAUCCAUCGAGUUUGAGGCUACUAUCUUGUACUACUGUGAUGCAUUCUAUUUGUCUCGACUACGUAUGGUUACG